AAGUUCAAAGUUAUUACUCAUUGUGUAUUUGUACAAUGAUUUCAAGUAUCUAACCUAAGUUUAAGUUUGAUUCCUUGAAUAUAAAAUGAAUUCUGCAAUUACUAACAGAAAAUUGUUGUAUUUUGUUAGUGUAGCUUUAAAUAAAGCACAUUUUAACAAUAUACAUGCUCUGAAGAAUGGAGGAAAGGUGUUUAAUAGCAGAGCAUACUCUCGACAAUCUGUUUAUCUUGUUGAUGAAACCAAAAAUGAUUCUGAUUAUGUGCAGAUUAGAAAUGUGAACAAAUAUACAACCAGAACAGUAACAUGUGGAGAGUUGACAAUGAAAAACUUGGGGCAUAGAGUCACUCUAACUGGAUGGCUGGAAUUUAAUAGAAUGGAUAAAUUCUUGGUGCUUAGAGAUUCCUAUGGGCAAACACAGCUUCUACUUAAAGAUGAUGCUGAAGAAAUAAGGAAAAAACUUAAAGGUUUAAAUUAUGAAACAGUUUUACAAGUAAAAGGUACAGUAAUUGCCAGACCCAAAGAAAUGGUAAAUAAAAACCAAGAAACAGGCGAAAUUGAAGUCAGUAUUGAAGAUUUACACGUUUUAAAUGAAUCUGCUACAUUGCCAUUUAAUAUUAGAGAGCAUCAGAAGGCAAAUGAAGCUUUACAAAUGCAAUAUAGGUAUUUAGCGAUGCGUUUUCCUGAUAUGCAGCGUUGUUUACGCUUCCGCUCUGAAUUUUGCAUCAAUUUACGCGAGUUCUUAGCGAAAAAAUGCGGAUUUGUUGAAGUUGAGACACCAACUUUAUUUAAAGCAACACCAGGGGGCGCUCAAGAGUUUGUAGUGCCCACAAGACACAAAAAUAAGUAUUAUUCUUUAGUACAAAGCCCACAACAGUUUAAACAAAUGUUAAUGUGCGGUGGAAUCGAUCGUUACUUUCAAAUAGCUCGUUGUUACCGCGAUGAGACUUCUCGUCCUGAUCGCCAGCCUGAGUUUACACAAUUAGAUAUAGAAAUGGCGAAUACCACUAUGGAUGGCGUAUUAGAACUUGUAGAAGAUGUUUUGCAGUAUUCCUGGCCUACAAAUUUGUUACCAAUUCCUCGCAAGUUUGAGAGAAUGAGUUAUAAAGACGCCAUGGAAAAUUAUGGAUCAGAUCAACCAGAUGUUCGUUUUGAACAUAAAAUAACAAACAUUACUGAUGUUUUAGAGCCCAGUCUUAAUUUAUAUGGCCAAGGGGAUGCAUUUUAUGCAGGUUGCCUUAUUUUUGACAAUGAGAAGCAUCAAGAUUAAGCUUAGUAAAAUUACAUUGCUAAUUCAGCUAAAGAUUAUCCCAAUACACGAAUGAUGCACUUUAAAUGUGAAAACUUUGAAGAAUUCACUAAACACAUGAGUAAAACUAUCAAAGAUGAUGUUAAUACAAAAUUAUAUGAAAAACUAAACUUGAAAGGGAUUUCAUCAGUAAUUCUUGUUUAUGGUAACAAAAACAUGGCUUUAAAACGACUUGGAAAACUUAGAUGUGUAUGCGCAGAUGAACUAGAUAAGCAAGGAAUUGCUAUUUAUAAACCAGGCAUGCAUUUUUUGUGGAUUGUUGACUUUCCACUAUUUUCCUUAGACGAUAAUGGUGUAUUAACUGCUGAACAUCAUCCAUUUACAUCUCCACACGCGGAUGAUAUGCAUUUAAUAGAUGUGGAUCCAUUAAAGAUUCGUGCGUUGUCGUAUGAUUUGGUACUUAAUGGUAAUGAGGUUGGCGGUGGGUCGAUUCGUAUCCACAACGCUCAAUUACAAGCGAAAAUAUUAAAAAUGUUGAACAUUUCCGGCCUGGAUCACAUUGUGGAGAUGUUAUCUUAUGGCUGUCCUCCACACGGCGGUGUAGCUUUAGGUUUAGACCGACUUUUUGCUCGGAUAUUAAAUACACAGAGUAUACGUGAUGUGAUUGCAUUUCCGAAGACGUUUGAUGGUAAAGAUCCACUGAGUGGUGCUCCGUCGGUUAUUACCGAUGAGUGCAAGAAGAUGUAUCAUUUGUGAUUGAUGAAACAAUGAAAUUUUGUGUA